AUGACUGGCGCGUCCCUGCACUUGGAGACGUCUCAUGGACUGCUGCAUAUUUUCGUGGCUUUCUGGAGAAAGGUUGCAUAUCAUUUGAAAACCGCAUUCUUGUUCACAAAGUCAGAUGUUAUGACUACUUUAAUUCCGAUCACAAUAUUUGCAGCCGUUGCUGCUCCUUUGUGCUCUGUGUGGCGCAUAGUUCAUGUCAUGUGUUGGAUAUGGGUCCAUCUUUUGCAGUUUGAUGUCUCGAACCAAACAGUCUUCCCAGAGGAAGACCGGAGAAACAAAGCUACUCGACCUUUGCCUGCUGGGCGCAUUUUGAUGCGAAACGCUGUGUAUCUGCGGUGGUUUCUCGUGCCGGUGUGCUUCAUGAUCUCAUCAGCAUAUGGUAUAUAUGCCUUUUACGCUAGCAUAUUGCUGGUGGCAUUGACCGUCUGCCACAAUGAGUUGCAAGGGCAUCGUCACUGGAUGUCUAAAAGCUUGCUCACCGCAGCCGGUUUGGUAUCAUUUGAGCUGGGUGGCACCUUGGUGGCAGGUUGUUGUCAUUCAGAAGUCGAUAACGUAGGGGUUCUGGCAAUUAUUCUUAGUGCUAUGAUUCUUGCCACGACUAUCCAUUCGCAGGAUUUUAAAGACGAAGAAGGUGAUCGUCUUAUUGGAAGGCAGACUCUUGCCAUUGCAUCUCCAGUUGUGGGUCGAUCAAUUAUCUUGGUGCUCUUACCUAUAUGGUCUAUCUCUCUUUGCAAAAUCUGGCAUGUGGACUUCGCUUGCAGCUUGGCCUUCCUAGCACUUUCCCUGAUAGUGGGUACAAGGUUUAUGCUGGCUACCACAGUCCAAGCAGAUAAGAUGGCUUACUUGUUAUAUAAUGUCAGUUAA